GUCGCUGCCCCUGCCCCGCGCACAGCUCGGUAGACCUCCGAGCAAGAGAAGAAGCGUACAUCUUGCGAUACUACAGACCAAAGUGGUCAAACUCAACCCCGAGCAACUCACUCGCUUCAUUUCUUUGCUACUCUCACACACUCAAGAUGGGCUCUGAGACACAAUCUCCCCGCGUCCCGCCCGCUGGCGUUUGGGUGCCCAGUAUCACGUACUUUGACAAUGCCAGCGACAACAUCGACUUUGACGCCCAGAAGGCGCACUUCAAAUACCUCGCCUCCACCGGUCUCACAGGCCUUGUCAUCAUCGGCACCAACUCUGAGUCCUUCCUGCUCACCCGCGAGGAGCGCCGCCAGCUCAUCGCCGCCGCUCGCGAGACCGUCGGGCCUGGCUAUCCCCUCAUGGCCGGCGUCGGCGCCCACUCGACCAAGCAGGUCAUCGAGCUGGCCGACGACGCCCACAAAGCCGGUGCAGAUUACUUGCUCGUCCUGCCCCCGGCCUACUUUGGCAAGGCGACGAGCAUGAACGUCGUCAAGCGCUUCUUCGCCGAGCUCUCCAGCAAAGUGGCCCUGCCCAUUGUGAUCUACAACUUUCCGGCUGUCACGAAUGGCGUCGACAUUGACUCCGAAACCAUCACCGCCAUUGUCCGCGACAGCGCCGCCAACAGCCCCGACGGCAAGUCCAAGGUUGUCGGCGUCAAACUGACCUGCGGAUCCGUGGGCAAGAUUACCCGCCUCAGUGCCGAGCACAAACCAGAAGACUUCGCCAUCUUUGGUGGCCAGUCAGACUUUCUCAUCGGCGGACUCGCGGCGGGCAGCUCAGGCUGCAUCGCUGGGUUUGGCAACGUCUUCCCCCGGCUGACACUUCGGAUUUACCAGCUGUGGAAGGAGGGUAAGCACCAGGAGGCCCUCGACCUGCAGAGGAAGCAGGCACUGGCGGAGAGUCCCUGUAAGAGCGGCAUCUCGUCGGUCAAGUUUGCAGUGUCGCAUUAUACGGCUGGUUUCGCGGGUAUCCAGGAUGCAGAGGCCAAGCUGUCACCGAGACAUCCCUACGAACCUGUGCCCGAGCCGGCGAGGAAGGCUGUGAGAGAAAUCAUGGCGGAAGCGGCGGACAUUGAGAAGAGUCUCAUGAAAUAGAGUAGGUAAUGACAAUCCCAUAUAGGAAGAGCUUCGGCCUGGACUCUGAUUUCGCACUCUGCCAGAACGUUGUUCCAAGUAGUCCAAAUGUGGCGCACGCCGAUGGUUCUGGUCGAGUCAACCUGGCACUCAAACAAUUGAUAAGAUCAAGAGAUUUCGAGCAUGUUGUCGUGUUUUUGCUGUGGGAUCAGCCGAUCAGAUGACGAUCGAGCGCAGACAUGUGCAUGCAUCGCGGUCCAGAUUACACAACACACCAGUGGGCGGCCACCAUCGUCCCAAAGACACUCUCAGGAUGUCUCAGCCGGCGAGCCGGUCUCUAUUCCCCAAUCU